CUAGAAAGAAUUGUAAUUCACAGCAUAGCGUUUUCAAGUUAAAGGAAGAGAAAGAGGAAGAGAGAUAAGGAACAGUUACCGGUCAGGUGCGCCACGAUGAAACUUCUCCGGUGCCUUAUUCUUCUGAUGUUUGUUCUCUCCGCUUCCGCGGUUGCGAGGAAGAACAGUAUGAGCGGAGGGUGGAGUCCCAUCAAGAACAUCGACGACCCUCACGUAAAGGAGAUAGCAGAUUACGCCGUUACGGAGUAUGCUAAGCAAUCCGGUCACAAACUGAAGUUGGAGAAGGUGUUGAAGGGCGAGACUCAGGCAGUUGCAGGAGUCAACUACCGCCUUACCCUCGCCGCCACCGACGGUUCUUCUUCCAAAAACUACGAAGCAAUUGUGUGGGAGAAAGUGUGGCAGCAUUUCAGGAAUCUCACUUCCUUUACUCCUGUUCGUGCUUAAUGUCUCUGUUGUCUCGUAUUGCCUAUCUAUCUUCUUCUAUCUUAUUAUAUACACUAAUAAAAUCGUAUGUUAGGUUAGGUAAAUUGGAUGUUCUGUGAAUCUUAUUUUAUUAUUCAUUGCGUUCGCGUGUUAAGAUUUUUUCUGAAAUUGAAUAUUUGCGUUUUCAUUGUUCAA